AUGGGAGAGACUGAGAUGGAUUCGAUGCAGAUGGAUGCGGGGUCGACAAGCAAGGAUAGGGCGGUCGGGAAGAGGAAGAAAAGGGUACCUAGGAUUGGAAAGAAGGCAGAGGAACCGAGCGUGAGGAAGACGGUCAAGGAAACGCGUCGCCGGCCGCCGCCAGUAUACAAGGUCACAUUGCCUGUCUUUGAACAACAUCGCUUCGAGUUCAACAAAUGGUGGAUGCAAUUAUGGGGCGAUCUGAUCGGUUCCAUGGAGAAUAAAACAACUAUCCCUAGCGCGCGGUUCACGGAUGUUGCUUCCGGCAUGUCCUCCGGCUGCCCCGUCACCACUCUGCAGCCCUUUGAAGUCAAAAUCUCACCCAAAGAGAACUCAGGUUUAACCUGGCCGCUGCAUGUGUAUGGUUAUGUCGCCGCACGUGAUUUGGUGGAUUACAAGCGCAAUAUCAUCUUUGAGCGUGGAAGGGAUAACUGCCAGAUCAUCACUGACGGGUUUCCAUACCUAGCACUGACUGGUCCUGCACGUGCUGUUGUGCUGGAUGAUCCUGUGUACUUUGAGAUUGACCUCAAAGUGAAAGGAAUCGGGCAAUCUGAGGAUCAAGAUCUAAUCUUUGUUGCUGAUUCGUUCAGUAAUCCUCAGCCGCUUGAGUCAGCCCUGUUUAACCGUGCCUUCACGGGCAAGAUCAGCACGGUUGAGUUGACAUUUGGCCAAAUUAUUAAGUCAGUAGAGGCCGCAGUCAGUAUGAAAGUCGUCCAUGGGUCAUGGCCAGAUGGUUUCCGUGGUUGUUUUGCUGCAAAAACUGCCAGUAUAAAUGACUUCACAAUUGGGUUGCUUGUGAUCGGUGAUAAUGGGUUGCCUCGUGCUGACGAUGGCACUAUUAAGCUACAACGCCAUGUUGUUUGUGCUGAAAUUGGACAGGGAGACUACCUGGAAGUUUUUGUCCGUGCUUAUGGUGUUGGUGGGCAACAAUUAUAUGACACUAUAUAUUUUACACCUCAGGAACGUGGUAGACUCAAAGGUGCACUUAAUGUUGAUACAUGUGAGAUUGAGGUCACUAUAUCCUGGUCCCUUAUCAUGUCGUUCUAG